AUGUCACCUCUUUACCUAAUCCUACCAUUUCUUCUUGUUUUACCUACAGUACCCCAUGAACUUCAUCAUAAAGCGUUUCGAUCAUUGAAGACUCCAAAAGUAAAUAAGCAUAGAUUAUCAUUGAUUAUCCAAAGAUUGAAAUCCAAUGAUACGACACGAUUGAACAAUCCAGAACACUGUCCAAUGUUUCAAUCAUUCUCUCAUUGUGCUUGCGAACCCACUUGCAACAAUCCAAAUCCAAUAUGUGAAAACUGUGAACCUGGAUGCACUUGUAGAAAUGGAUUCGUAAGAAGUUCCCUACGUCUUUGUGUUCUUCCAGAGGAGUGCCCAAGAACAAAACUUCGUCGAUUCGAACUUCAACCACCAAAAAGACUCUAUGAAGCUGUUCCAGUAGUUCUCACAACCACCACAUCUCCUACUACAACUACUACUGAAGAGCCAACAACAACAGAAACUCCCACGACUACAACCUCUGAAUCUUCACUUGUUGAAGAAAUAAUGACUGUUCCAUUGAUAGUUCUCCGAAACGGUCCAACACCCCCGUCUGCCCCACCAAUGCUUCAAGAGCCGAUUUCUGAUAUGAUCGGAGCUCCAUCAGCCACUCCUCCACCUGAUUUCUCGUAUGGACCACCAGGAAUGAAUGCCGCAAAAGUGGCACUGUAUGAGAACUUCCUGAAGCAGAAGAGGAUCAUGCGGGCACUCCGACAUAGAAGAAAUCAGUUUGCGAAGAGAAUGUUGUAA